AUGCUCUGGUUAUACAAUAAAAUAAAAGAUCUGACUUUAGUUGUCAAUUUUGCGAAUUUUGUUCACUUGUUGAUAUCAUCAAAAUGGUCAAGUGUAUACUGUAUCAACGCUGUUGUAACUAAAUAUUACAAUAACAAUGAAGUUAAUGAUUAA